AUGCCCUUCCCAGUCCUCUCCAAAGAACCCAUCCCAGGCCUCUCCCUCUCGGCAGCAGGCCUCGUCGCCCUUGCAGACCUACAGACCAUCGCCAACCGCACCGCGCUGACGGGCACGUCGUCGUGGUUCGACGCAUUGGUCCUCGCGCCGGGAUUGCACUAUCAGCAAGCGGCCGAUAGUGUCGCGGGGACCAGCGGUGCUGUCACGGCCCAGACAUCCGCUGCGUUCGGCUACGGAAGUGCCGCCGCGGGAGGAGGGGGAGGAAACGGCGGUGCCGGCAUCUUCGGCACGCAGGCACUACCCGGCGGACGGAAGAAGGACGUUAAAGUGACGAAUCCGGGGAUGCUGCUCUUCCUUUCACGGCUUGGGGUCCAGGAGGAGCGGGCGCGGGAGAAGGAGCUCAAGAGGAGGAAGCUAGCCGGCGGUGGUGGAAUCAUCACACUCGACGUCGGCACCUUAGCCACCAGCCGGAAACGGGGCCGAAGCCGGAGCCAAAACCGACGCGGCCGGGCUUUUGAGCACGAUUCGGAGUGGGAGUUUGAGCGGGGCAGUCACUUGCUGUACCUUGCGAGUCCGGUUCUUACGUUUGCUGCGUUGACUAUCAUGAUUUUACUAGCGGACUGGUGGGGUCUCGCAUCGAUCCUAGCACUCAUCACAUCCCGCCUCCUAAACAUCUACAUUAUCAAACAACGCACCCCUCCUCCCCCGAGCCCAGCCCCGGCACCACCCACUCCAUUCUUCACCAGCAACGGCAACGGCGGCAUAUCCAUAUCGUCUUUACCGCCAAAACUCACAGAAUACCUCAUCCCCCUAACCCCCUCCCUCAAAAUCCGCAUGCGCGGCCCCGCAGAAGACCUCGCCGCUUUAACAACAGAUGCCUGGCUCCUCGCGAAGACGGCCGCGCAGGGGUAUCUCGAGGCAACGGCCAAGCUGGCAGUGUACGUCGUCGCCAUAUUCAGCGGCAACGUCUCGCAGGCGGGGAAUCUAGUGCUGCUUGUGCUGUUGCUGGGGAGCGCGGGCUUGUUGGGGCUGAGUAAUGGGUGUAUGAAGGGGGUGAGGGGGAAGGGGCGCGUGGCGAGAGUGUGGCAUGGUGAUGAUGGGGAGACGGGGAGGACGACCAGGCCACGCGGCGGGUGGAAGGGGGACAAGGAGGAGGGGGAUGGGAUUGGGGAUCCGGAUUGGGAUUCACAGGUUGGGAGGGUUGUGAGGGAUCCGUAUCCUUUUGAAGGGAGUGUUGAUUAUUCAUAGUAUAGAGGGAUGUGGUGAAGCUGAGGUUGAUUUGAAUCGUGGGUAUAUGUAAACGAUGUCUGUUAGACGUAGUAAAUUGUCAUGGAGUUGGAUUAAUGACUUUAGGUAAUGACGUAUGUAGUUG